AUUGAUCAUAACGCCGGCGCAGUUUUUUCUCGUCUACAAUUAUCCCCCAUUUAUCUUAUGUACCAGUAGCCCUGCGCUUCCGUGAGCAUUCGUUACCCUUCGUUCUUCCUCUCUCCACUCCCGUCCUCUCCUUUUUGGUUUGCUUUCCUUUGAUGUUUGCCAUUUGAUGCACACAACCGCAACCUUUGGGAAUGGAGCCAUGGCCGAAUCCGCUCCAGCCGUUGUCGCAACCCCCAAGCACGAUGUCGAGGCUGUACCAAAGCAGCGGAAGGCCGCUGCAGCGAUCCAUUAUCCAUUCUGGUUUGGUGGAAGUGCGGCCUCAAUGGCUGCGGUAGUCACUCAUCCUCUAGACCUGAUCAAGGUCCGCCUGCAAACCCGCUCUCCCUCUGCUCCUAAAACCACUCUCGGCACCUUCACGUAUGUUUUCCGCAAUCAAGGUCUAUUAGGUCUCUACGCCGGCCUCUCGGCCGCUCUUCUUCGCCAAAUGACUUACUCGACUGUCCGGUUUGGAGUGUACGAAGACUUAAAGUCACGUUUCGCUGUACAACCAACACCUUCAGAUCCUAAACCACAGCAGCCUAUGUUAAACCUCAUUCUCAUGUCAUCUACCGCAGGACUUCUGGGCGGAAUAGCCGGCAACCCUGGUGACGUACUCAAUGUGCGGAUGCAAUCCGAUGCCUCUAAGCCUCCCCACCUUCAACGGAACUACAACCACGCACUUGACGGUCUAAUACGAAUGAUUCGUGAAGAGGGUGCUAUUUCUAUAUUCCGCGGUGUGACUGCAAAUUCCACCAGAGCCGUACUCAUGAAUGCCUCGCAGCUGGCGAGCUACGACGUCUUCAAAUCUGCCUGUCUCCACUCCCUAGGGAUGGCCGACACCCUCGGCACCCAUUUCUGCGCCUCAUUAGCUGCAGGAUUUGUUGCAACCACAAUAUGUUCCCCCGUGGAUGUGGUCAAAACGCGGAUAAUGUCCGCAGGGGGAAAGAUGUCGGUGUUUGAAAUUCUGGCGCAAGCCAGUCAGAAGGAAGGCCUCCUGUGGAUGUUCCGCGGCUGGGUUCCCAGCUUCAUGCGCCUGGGCCCGCAAACGAUAUGUACGAUGGUUUUCUUCGAGCAACACAAGAAAUGGUAUAGGAGAUUCAAGGGGAUCGAAGAAUGAGAGGAGGACAGCAAGAGGAGGACAGCUAAAAUGCCUGUGGACAGCAGACCGAAUGUGCCUAUGGUCCGCAUUGCUAUGUUUCGGGUUGGGGCGCGGCACUUCUGGGACCUUUUGACGAACAUCACGUUUGUACAGCAUUGGCAUUGGUAUGGAGUUUUGGAUUACGGUAUUAAUAGCGGCGUCGGACGUGCAUCCGCAGCUUGUCCGGUUUAUUUGUCAUUGCAGCAAAAGCCAUCACAGACCGUCAGGGAGACAAAGAGGUAGGGUUUGUUCAGGACAUUCAGAGAUGAAGUGAGCUGGUCUUGGCGCUCCUGGAGAUCGUGGUAUUCUUAUGCAAGACUGUAUAUACGGGAUGGCGACAAUCCCAAUCCGACCAGGCCUUUUUUUAAAGCUUGGUGCUUCCUCCUGCCCA